AUGGCCAACCCUCCACCGCAUGCCAUGGCGAUGGACCCGCCUCACAUAACCGAGUUUGCUUCGGAGCGAUAUUUCGAGAAGCUUAACCAGCUCAACGCUCAGCAACAACACCAACAUCAUCAUCAUGUACCCCCCACUCACGACUCUCUCGACGCCUCAACCUCUGCCGCGCAGCCCUCAAGAUUCAUCCUCCCUCUGCGAGAUUCAAGAGCUGCCGAAGUCGAGGCUAUCCAACCAAACCAGAGACGCGAUAACAAGAGUCGAUUUCACAAACUCCGUCAUAAGGUUUCGAUCCUGCAUUCCAAAUCCACACAUACUGGGUCUUAUGCAUCCCCCUUCGCUCCUCGUUCCUCGGUCGAAUCGCCACAAAAGAGUGCCGGCUUUGAUCAGCUCUUUCUCGCAUUACCAAACGAGUUACAGAUUCAAAUCAUAUCCUCUCUUCCCUUGACCGAUGUACUUAACCUCCGACUUGCCUCUAAAUCCUGGCAUACUCUCAUCACCCUUAACGAAACGACUAUCGCCCGAUACCACCUCGAACACCACAUCCCCGCUUAUGCAUCUCGCCUCUACCCCGUGACAGAUGCCAACGAAAUCAACUUUCACCAUUUGUGCGGCAUCUGGCACCGACUACAUGUUGCUGCCAAGCUUGCCUUCCUCAUUUGCGAAUGGGUCACCAAGGAUAUUUUCCUCCGUCAAACCGAAGCUCAACGACUCGCCUUUGCUCCCCAGCAUGAGCGCAUGCGCCGACGAUUGAUACCCCUACUAUUUACCAUUUUCCACUUUUUCGAAACCUACCGAAAACUACACCUGGAGCGCCUGGCUGAGAACGGCGGCCAGGGAAUGAAGCUGGAGCCCUACACCAUCAACCCCAUCGAGGCCGAAAUCAUGAGCAUGUACGACGACAAGACGUUAUUACGGGUCCACGAAGUAUUUCCGCUGGUUAUAUCCUCGUUUUGCCGACGACUACGACCUCCGACGUACGUGGGAAGGGUCGAGCGAUCACUACGUGGUUACAUCCGAGAGAAGCCGUCUGAUGAAAUUCACGCCGCCAUAUUAUGUAUUGGUGGACUACGACAAGUGGAGAGGCUGUGGGAGAUCAAGGGAUACAAUUCACGCCGCGGCGCCGUCGACACAUGGGUUAAUGGUCUGGUCAAGGAGCAGCCCCGGUCUGAGGGCGGAUCAAAGGGGAAACGAGGAUUGUUUGGGCGCAAGAAGUCUUUGAGUCACGACGCUCGAUCUUUUGGUAGUGGCCUAAAUAGGGUCCGGAGCUCCGGUUCGAUGGACGACGCCAUGGACAUCGACGUCAACUACAUCUUCAACACAAGCCUUGCCGCCGGCGCCCCCAUGUCACCCCUCAGCUCAGAGCAGGCGCAGGCUAUGCUCAGCGACCUGCCAGUGCUACAACAAAUAUGGCUUCCGACGGCUGAGGCCCUCAUCCUCCAACGCCGGGUUGUCGACCGACCACAGGACAUCAAGCGCAACCAGCAGGUGAUGCUUGAUUUGAUCCAAGAGGACGGGAUGGACGACGAGGACGAGUGGUGGUACGGCCGCAGCAUCCCCGAUUCCGUGCGGCCUCCCAUGGGUGUAACCGAUGACGAUGCGGACUAG